CUAUCACUUCCAUUUCACUCACUCAUUAUUUUAGUGUUUGCUUUAAUUCAUUUACAUUUUGACACACUCACACCACACAGACGUACACACAAAACUCGAUACACAUUGAUUCGAAAAUGGAUAGAAUUAACGUUUGUAUAAUCGGUUCUGGCAAUUGGGCCACAACGAUUGCCCGCAAUGUGGGUAGAAAUGUGGCCAAUUCACAGCAUAUGGAGCCCAUCGUUUAUAUGUAUGUCUAUGAGGAAAUAGUUGACGGACGAAAAUUAACGGAAAUUAUCAACACGACGCACAUCAAUGUAAAGUAUAUGCCGGAUUUUGUAUUGCCAACUAAUAUUGUGGCUGUUGAUGAUGUGGUUAAAACAGCUAGAGAUGCUGACAUUUUAAUAUUUGCCAUACCACCGACCUUUGUGAACAGCUGUUGCAAGACCCUCCUGGGUAAGGUCAAGCCCACGGCUCAUGCAGUAUCUCUUAUAAAGGGUUUCGAACGCGGUGAUGAUGGUCAAAUAGUUUUGAUUUCACAGAUUAUAAUGAGGCAAUUGAAGAUACCCUGCUCUGUGUUGGUGGGCUGCAAUUUGGCCCAUGAGAUAGCCAAUGAUAACUUUGUAGAGGGAACUAUUGGUUGUCGUGAUCAGAAAUACUUUCGUCUACUACAAGAUAUCUUCAAGUCGGCCACAUUUCGUGUAGUAGUCACUGAUGAUGCUGAUUGUGUGGAGAUUUGCUCCACCCUAAGGAAUGUCAUUGCCUUUGGUGCUGGCUGUGCUGAUGGCAUGGAACUGAACGAGAAUACCAAAGCUGGCAUUAUACGUCGUGGUUUUCUAGAGACUCUACAGUUUGUGGAUGUUUUCUAUCCUGGUUGCCGCAUGGCCACAUUUUUUGAGGCUUGCGGCAUCUCCGACUUGGUCACCAGUUGUUAUGCCAAUCGUAAUCGCAAAUUGGCCGAGGCAUUUGUCAAGACUGGACAACCUUUGAGUGAACUGGAACAUAUUUUGAUACCAGGUCACGAACCUUUGGGUCCAGUCACUGCCGAAUUGGUACACAUAAUGCUUGAGAAGAAGGGUCUAGCUGAUAAAUUCCCAUUAUUCACAGUCAUCUAUAAGAUCUGUGUGGGUGAUCAACCUCUAACACGCUUGGUAGAGACCUUACGCUUUGCUCGAGAGGAUAUCUUUCAUCCCACUCAUACUUUUCAACUCUAAUGAAAUUUAGUAACAAUAAAAACAUCAGAAAAAACA